GAGAAAGAUGGCGUCGCGAAGGGUCUGGCUGGGGCCGCGCGGGGUUCCGGCGCUGCUGCUGCUACUGCUGCUGCUGCUCGGGCCCCGGCCCGCGGCAAGCCACGGCGGCAAGUACUCGCGGGAGAAGAACCAGCCCGAGCCACCCCUGAAGCGGGAGUCCGGGGAGGAAUUCCGCAUGGAGAAGCUGAACCAGCUGUGGGAGAAGGCCCGGCGGCUCCAUCUGGCCCCCGUGAAGCUGGCCGAGCUCCACGCUGACCUGAAGAUACAAGAGAGGGAGGAGCUUGCCUUGAAGAAGCUGAAGGUCGAAGGCUUAGACGAAGAUGGGGAGAAGGAAGCGAGACUGAGACGCAGCCUCAGCGUCAUCUUGGCCAAGUACGGCCUGGACGGGAGGAAGGACGCCCGGCAGGUGGACAGCAACUCACUCAGCGACAGCUCCCGGGAGGACUCACUGGACGACCCGCGGCUGGAGAAGCUGUGGCACAAGGCGAAGACCUCUGGGAAAUUCUCCAGCGAAGAACUGGACAGGCUCUGGCGGGAGUUUGUGCAUCACAAAGAGAAAGUUCACGAGUACAAUGUCCUGCUGGAGACCCUGAGUAGAACUGAAGACAUCCACGAGAACGUCAUCAGUCCCUCCGACCUGAGCUCCAUCAAGGGUGAGGUACUGCACAGCAGACACGCGGAGCUGAAGGAGCAGCUGCGCAGCAUCAACCAGGGCCUCGGCCAUCUGCGGAGAGUCAGCCACCAGGGCUACGACUCGGAGGCCGAGUUCGAGGAACCCAGAGUGAUUGAUCUGUGGGACCUGGCCAAGACAGCCAACCUUACUGAGAAGGAGCUGGAGUCAUUCCGGGAGGAGCUUAAACAUUUUGAAGCCAAAAUUGAAAAGCACAAUCACUACCAGAAGCAGCUGGAGAUCUCCCACGAGAAGCUGAAGCACGCGGAGAGCAUGGGCGACGGGGAGCGCGUCAGCCGCAGCAAGGAGAAGCACGCGCUGCUGGAGGGCAAGACCAAGGAGCUGGGCUACACGGUGAAGAAGCACCUGCAGGAUCUGUCCAGCAGGAUCUCACGAGCUCGGCACAAUGAGCUCUGAAGGCGUCGCGAGCCCGGCCCGGCAGGGAGCAUGCGAAGGCGGCCCAGGGGUUCGGCGGCAGCAUUUACAUGGACAGCCACGGGGAAGGUGGUGGGGGGCUAGUCACAGUUGUGGCAGGAAGGACCGUUUUAAAUGACUGUUCACUGGCUGCCAAGGCUUCGUCUUGGAUCCAACUUCAGUCCCCUCUCUGGUUGUGGGGCUCUGUUUCCUCUCCAGCGAGCAUGGCAGUCACACUCCGGUGAGGGCCCUGAUGUCCAGCCACCUGCCAGUCCUCUACUACAACAAUGCAGUUUGUAUCAAAAAUUUUACAGUUCUGCCACUGGAAAUACUAUGUACAAAGUCCUUAAAAAUACAGUGCAGUGUUUAGACCAUCUAAUACUGACU